GUGGCAAACUCCAAAUAUCUUUCAUUCAUUCAUCGUCAUAUUUUUCUUGUAUAUUGGGUUGUUUUUGUGUCGCUAAUCUCAAUUAAACAUAAUUGGAGUAGCAAUUAUGUCCCAGUCUAACAGCAGUUACUGAAUUCGCUGGAAACAACUGUACAUAGCUAUGUGAAAACGUAAACUUUAAUCGGGCCGACCUUGCAUAAAUGAACAUACGUAUUUUGGUUGGCAUGUGAAACAAAAAGUGAAUUCUUGUGUUUAUCGACAGCUCGGAAUGGUUAACUGUUAGUGUUAUAAGUUAUAGACCUUGAUGGAUAUCGCGAAGGACUAAUUCGUCAGUAUUAUGUAUACAUUUGCGUGUGGUAAAGACCACCUGGAGAUCAGGCUUGUGUCAGAAGUAUGUUCACGACGACAGGGAUGGUAGCAGCACCGCAGCAGGCGACGGGACAGGUGGCGCAGAAUGGGAGCACGACGUUGCCUCGCUCGCAUCAUCAGAGAACAGGGAGGCCGCCGGCAGCACCCAAGUCUUAUGACUAUCUUCUAAAAGUGCUCCUGGUGGGGGACUCUGAUGUGGGCAAGCAGGAAAUACUACAAGACCUAGAGGAUGGCUCUGCAGAUUCUCCGUUUUGUAGUGGCAGUGCAUACAAAACAACAACGAUCCUCCUUGAUGGCAAGCGGGUGAAGCUACAGCUAUGGGACACGUCGGGACAGGGCCGGUUCUGCACGAUCAUCCGGUCCUACUCCCGCGGCGCGCAGGGCAUCCUGCUCGUGUACGACAUCACCAACAAGUGGUCCUUCGACAGUAUUGACCGGUGGCUGGAGGAAGUGGAGAGGCACGCACCCGGCGUGCCUAAAGUGCUAGUCGGCAACCGCCUGCAUCUGGCGUUCAAGCGGCAAGUCCAAGAGCGUGACGCCGAGAUGUACGCCGCCAAGAACCACAUGGCGUUCUUCGAAGUGAGCCCGCUGUGCGACUUCAAUAUUCGAGAGAGCUUCUGCGAGCUGUCGCGGAUGGCGCUGCACAGGAACGGUAUGGAGCGGCUCUGGAGGAGCAAUAAAGUACUAAGCCUCCAGGAGCUGUGCUGCCGCGCCAUCGUGGCGCGCACGUCGGUGUACGGGCUGGAGCGGCUGCCGCUGCCCACGGCGCUCAAGUCCCACCUCAAGUCCUACGCCAUCUCGGCCGCGCCCAGCCGCCUGCGCGCCCGCGCCUCCAAACACAACCACCAGCGGCUCAACUGCACCGGCAGGAACUCGUGCUCCAUCGUCUGAGGGUCACUAUUAGGUGUAUCGGCAGCUCCGGUUUACCCCCGAUCUCUUAGCGACCUGGCGGCCUAGCCAAGGUGACAAUCGCUUGCGCUGGUAUCGUCUUGGGUCGUCCCAUUAGUUUUUCGUCAAGUUCUUAAAUUAGUCCUAUUCUGCUUUCGUCACUCAUUCUAUAUUCGUCACAAUCGUCGGUGGCUUUCAAUGUAGAAUGAAUGACGAAAGCAGAAUAGGACUAAUUUAAGAACUUGACGAAAAACGAAUGGGACGACCCAAGACGAUACCCUUGCGCUUCGCUAUCGAAUCGCUUUGUGUAUCACUGUCACUCCUCAAUAUUAGUGUUACAGUGACAGUUACGUUUUGUUCGCUACGGAGCGUUAGCGAUUGGCAUGUUUUCUAAGGGGCCUGACCCCCGUUUCACAGCUGGCAAUUCCCUGUACAUUGCUGGUUUAACAAGUAAAUAUGUAUUGGAGUUACGUACUAACCCAGAAAUGUACAGAAAAUUGUGUCAAUUGUAUUUUUUGUCUAUGCAGCAAAGCCAGAUCAUAAAGAUAAGUCAUUAUAAAGUUCUAAAAGUAAAACUGUAUUCAACUUGGCAUACAUAAACAUUAAACAGCCACAUUGACUAUGCUUGGAAUACCAAGCACUCUAUAAACAACAUCUAGUAAAACUGUUUUUUUUCUUAUUGUUUUGUAUUUACGAAUGCAGUGCAUUAUUGCGUUAUCUUGAAUAGACAUUUAUCUUGUUUGUCUUAGUUCAACAAUCUCCAAAUAGCAUAACCAUCUUUGGACUGCAUUAAAUUAAGUACCUACAAGAUUCUGUAAUUAUUGAAUCCUUGCAUUGUUGAUGAAAUAAAAAGAUCGUAACUUAAUGUUAUUUUGUAAUAUGCAUGCAAAAUAACCUCCUUGUAGUCGGUCGAAAGUUGGUCUGUGGGUUGUUAUUUUGUAACAAAGUUGUAUUUAAAGCCAUUUGUUAUAUUACAUUUGACUGUUUUCUUCCAAGUGGCAUUCAUUAAUGACAUUCAUUUAUUGGUACCAAGAGGUCGGGGUUUUAGCUUUAGUUGAAGGAAAUAUAAAAAAAACACUAUAAUAAUUAUUGUUAAUCUCAGUGUGAAGCCACGAUUAGGACACAUUUUUCCUGUAGCCCUCAUAGGAACGAUGGAAAUGCUCGUCAAAAAUAUCAAUAUUUUUAAAUAAAAAUUUCCUAACUGCCAACAAUUUAAUAUUAAAUGUUUAUUAAUAACGUAAAUGUACACAUCACAGUAAUUAUCGCUCCGAAUGUAUUUGAUAGUAUUAACGCCCUUCAUUAGAAUAGUCGAUGAUCCUAACACAAAAUACAGGCUGUACUGACAACGGAUUUGUGACUAGUUUUAGAAUAGAUUAAGGUAUUGUUACUUAAAAGGUCAUUAUGUGAAUAUAGGUAACGUUUAUUAUAGAUAUAUGUGAAUAUAUUGUACGGCAACUGUUCUGAUACCUCCCGCGGCAUGGACUCGCGUCUCUUAGACUUACGAUAGUUCAGAUGAAGCUAUGUUGGAUCCAGUGCCAUCAAUUGUCCAUUUCAAUUACAUUUUCACAAAUAACUAAGCUAUGACAAAAAUAUACCGACUAACAUUACCAAUAUCAUAGUUGACAACGACAAGGAGAGUGUCUGUAAUGUUUUCUACCCGAUUAACGAAGAAGGGAGAGUAAUGGCUUAUUUGUUUCACUACGCUCGUGCAUAGUCCGUUACACUGUUCUCACGUCAUUGCGUAACAUUUUCAUAACCGUUCGGCAAUAAGAUUAAUCAACGCUAUGUAUCCAGCUCAGGUUUUUGCUCAUGCUUAGACACAGGUACGCAUGCAUAUACUAGAGCAUACUAUAAUGCAUUCAUACCUUUCAUAAGUUUUACAACCGUACACAACACAGUGCCACAGUAAACAAAGUCUCAUUUCGAUAUAACGGGGUUAUUUCGACUUUAGAGGUUCCUGCCAGUUUAGACAUGUAUUAGUUUCAAUAGCAUCCCACUGAACUUCUGCAAGCCCAUUAUCGAUUGAGUAAUUAAAUAACUAAAUAAUAAUAAAGUUUAAAACAUAAAAAAAUACUAACUAUUUUGGCUCAGCGAUCCAAAGAGAAUCUUGGCCUCCGAAACGAGAGCGUACGACCUGAGGGGCUGCCGCGAAAACCGAAAUUCGUAAAUUGCGGGGAUCUUUAUCUUUUACUCCAAUGAAAGCGUAAAGAGUGACAGAGAAAAAUGCCCGCAAUUUGCGAACCUCGAUGUUCGCGGUUAUAUGCCUGUGGUGUAACUACAUAUAAAUAUUGAAAACGAUUCAAUUGUUCUUUUGAAAUAAAGUAGCUGCACAAUUUCAAUAAGUUUUCAAAAAUGUCAGUGACACAUAAUAUAAAUCCUUAAAAUUACUACACUGCUUGUUGAAAUAAUCCCGUUUCCCUACAGAUAUCGUAAUUGCUAGCUUGCAUUCAUUUAUUAUACAUAUGUAUGCUAUAUUUUCCUAAAUGAAAAAAAGAACGUAAAUUCCAACCACUAGAGUACAACGUCCUUAUUUUUAUAACCAUAUUGUGUAUCGCCGUGGGCUAUCCUUAUAAUUGAAGUCACUUAUUGUCCACUAUUAAUAAGUAGAUUAAGGUCACAUAUUAUGUAAACACUUGUAAAUACUUAACAAUUUGAGGAAUUCAUCGUAGCUAUACCAAAAGUUCAAUCUAAAUUCCAACAACAUAUGUCGGAUAUUUUCAGAUAACUUGUUUACCAUAUUAGGGUCUUAUUAUUUAGGAGGUUAAUCAAUUUGUCGCAUAAUGAAUUAUAUUGCUGUACAUUAUCUAGAAAGCUUGUUUCCAAAAUGUUUCAAUCCUGGUAUUGGUAACAAAAAUGCAUGAAAGAUGAUUAACAGACCACUAUAAAACAAUUCCUGUAUAUUUGUGUCUAUUAUUUUAUACUAAAGAAACUAAGGAAAAUAUUUAGUUUUUUAACAUCGUGUAAAAUACUUUGUGAAGCCUAUAUCUUUCUAUUGGUAUUUUGGGAUCUUCAUAUUUUGGAAAUAAGCUAAAAUAUGGUUGUGUAUGUUUUAGUAUGUGACAGUGAAUAGUUUUUGCAUUUAAAUGUUUAAUAAUCGAGCACAGCACAUAGUCACGACCACGAACCUACUAAUCAGUUGGAAGUGUGUCAAUCAAUACAUUUGGUUCUCCGUCCCUAUAAAACCGAACCAUUCUUUAAUUACUGAGUGUAACAUUUGACCUAAAUUCACCUUGUGGUAUUGACACUUACCCGACAAAGAAUUUACGACGAUAAAAAGUAAUAAUUAAAUUCGACAUUUUUAAAUUAUCAUGCAAAAUAUCGGGAAACUAUCGGGUCGAUACCUUAGUUGGUUGGCCUAAAGUGUCAUUCUAUGGAACUUGCUAACUAUGUAAACAAAAGUCACUAGUAAAUUCAUCAUUCAGAUUUCAAUAUGGCGGCGGUUUGUUUACAUAGUUAGCAAGUUCUAUAGAAUGACACUUUAACUUAGCACAGGAGCGCCGCGGCAGUAUCUCGCCAGCGAGAUGUCUGUGUCUUUUUCUAAUUGUAUGUAUUAACUAGAGGACGGGUAAUCUUUCUCGCGAACGACAGGCUAUCGCGAUAGUCCUGUGCUAAACCGGCUGGUCGCUUAUCUCGCAUCGCAUCACGCAUCCAUCUUUCUCUCAGAUUGUGUCAUUUGAACAGACGUGGUUGGUCAGUUUGUGGCUCGCUCUGCUCUGAAGCUCUGCUUACAAGCCCCAAUAAUACAUUUCUAAAUUAUUGUAACUACUUCAUACUUGUUGCAUGACAAUCUCGCUACUGAAAGUUGACCCAAGUGCAGUCAGCAAACGAAUACAGUUUGAACCCCUUAGGAAAUAGGGGUUUAAUACGUAAAAUAAUUAUUCAGCAAAAAGUAACCCUCCAAUAGAAAAUUUAUGUUGAAAAUAAUGAAAACGAAGAAUAAAAUGUGAUUAUGUACUUGUAAAUUAGACCUACUUUGGCCAACUUUCGGUAUAUUUUCAAGUUGUAACACGUCCAAACGACGAAUUUGUAAAUUAUUUUACUAAAUUAUAAAUGUUGACGAAAAUAACUAACUUUUGUAAAUAUUGUUUCGACAUUAUAUUAUGAGUUAUUUUCAUUUUUCACUUGUGAUUGAUUUAGUUGAUAAACUUAAUCCAAAUACAUACACUAAUGCCAGCUAAAAGUUUGGGUUAGAUUGAUGCAGUCAUUAUCACUACUAUUGUAAGUUGUGAAAUAAAUUUAAUUUAUAAUAAUUA